AUGCUUUCAUCCUUUACUCGUGUCGACGAAGCCUUUGAAGAUUUCAAACGCGUUGAAAAUGGUGGCUUUCCACCUUCGGAUCAAGUCCAUGAAGAUGUUUCUCCUUCUCCACUCGUUCUCUUGAAAACUCAAGAUUAUUAUGAUGAGUAUGAAUUUGGCAUUGAAACCAAAGAAAGUCUCCAUGCGGAUCAGAAACCACUGACGCCUGUGGAAUUAUGGGCCUCCGAUGUCAUUGAUUGCAGUUCGUAUUGGGAUGGAAGUGGUAUGGGAGGAGGAAAUGGAGUGAAUCAAACUGUAUCGUAUGGACCUCGCAAUGUGAUUGGUCCUUCUACAAUUUAUCCAAUGGCAGGUUCGAAUGGAUCUGCUUGGUGUCCCAAUAACACGAGCGGGCCAGAGUUCAUUACGCUCAAAUAUGAACAGGCGAUUCAAAUUCAAAAAGUUCAUGUCUAUGAAACGUCAUGUCCUGGAGCGACUUGUAAAAUUUCUGCCAAACGAUUGAGUGAUGGAGAAUGGGUGGUAUUGUAUAGUGGAGCAUCUGUUACGAAUACUGGUGUGAGAGAUUUUGCACCUGAUUUGGCUGUGACGGAUGUGGUUUCGGAUACGAUUCGACUUGAUUUGAAUAUGCCAGGACAAUGGACUGAAAUUGAUGCAGUGAAAAUUAUUGGACUUGGAAAUGGCUCCGUUGAGAUUCCACCUCCACUUUCUCCACUUUGCGUGCUUUAUAAGAAGCUCCUCAUGGAUGGCAUGUACACCGAUGUGGUUUUAUACCAUCAAGAAUCGAGAAGAGAAAUCAAAGCUUUGAGAGCCAUUCUCGCUCAACGAUCUCCGUUUUUAAGAAAACUCAUUGAAUCUGCUACAGAAUCUCACCAAAAUAUUGUGACUGUGAGUUCACCCUUCCGUUAUUCAGUCUUAAUGGGUGCUAUUGAUUUUAUUUAUUCAAAUCAUGCCAACUUGAAAGCAUGUCACGUCGUGGAAACAUAUGUCCUCUCCUCAGAAUGGGGUAUUCCAGAACUUGCUGAAUUUUGUGUGAAACGAUUCAAGGGAGUUGUGAAUGUGGAAAAUGUGAUCAUGUUCUAUCGAGAAGCCAAACACCAUAAUUGUACUUUAAUUCUCGAUGCAUGCUUUGAUUUCAUUGUCCAGAAUUAUAAGAAGGUAUUUUUACAAGACGAUCUUCAUACCCUUACCAAGCAAGAUUUACUUAUUAUUUGCAGAAAACUUGCAAAGAAUGGUCUUCAUUAG